AUGGAGCUGGACCGUCCCAGCCAAUACCACCUCCGCCCUAUUGUGGAAGAUUUGUACUGGCCGUUGCCGCUGGUCCAGAAUCGCCUCAGAAGGGAAGAUCGGAGGAUCCCAAACUAUGCUCUGACCCGCGAUCCCGAUCACAAUAGGAUUGAAAAUCUGACUCAUACCGAAGAUCCGACUGAGGAUAUCCAUUUUAUGGGAGGGACAGGUCGCCUCACCACGCCAGGGGAUUAUGCGUCGAUCCAGCUCGUGAGAUAUACGGCCGAGUUAGUGGAAGGCCCCAGACGUGAGGCGCAAGCUGCAGAACGACGUCGUUAUCCGAGCUCACCACCGCCAAGCGACAGACGAAAUCGUGGCGACCGUGGAUUGUUCGAGGAAGACGAGUCUGAUGACAACGACGAAGACGAGUCUGAUGACAACGACGAAGACGAGUCUGAUGACAACGACGACGAAAGUCGUGAUUCGAGCUCACCACCGCCAAGCGACAGACGAAAUCGUCGUCGCGACCGCGGAUUAUUCGAGGAGGACGAGUCUGAUGACGACGACGACGAUGCCGACCUGCGCCCUGUGAAGCGCGAGAGACUCGAGGAAGAAGAUGACGAGGAAGAGGAUGACGAGGAAGAGGAUGACGAGGAAGAGGAUGAUGAGGAGGAAGAUGACGAGGAAGAGGAAGAGUAUGACAGGCCUCGGGUGAAGCUAGAGGUUGAGGACGACGAGGAAGAGGAAGAAGAUGACGAGGAGGAGGAAGAGUAUGACAGGCCUCGGGUGAAGCUGGAGGUUGAGGACGACGAGGAAGAAGAUGACGAGGAAGAGGAAGAGUAUGAUAGGCCUCGGGUGAAGCUGGAGGUUGAGGACGAGGAAGAGGAUGAGGAUGACGAGGAAGAGGAUGAGGACGACGAGGACGAGGGUGAAGGGCAAGAUGAGGGAGAUGAGGAGGAAGACGAGGAUGAGUUGGAGGAUGAGGGCGAAGAUGAGGAAGAACAAGAGGAUCAGGAGAACGAUGAUUCCGACAGUAGCAUUGCCGAAACCCAGCUGCCACCAGCUAACGCCGCUACAAGCCCGUCAAGCCGGCCUAGGCAAAGACAAGCGGCAGCCUCUCAGGUGCGACAAGCAAAUGUGUCGAGAACUGCUGCUGCUGCUGCGGCUACUCCAAAUCCGCCUCCGACUUUGCGUGCCAGCAGACGUAUUCGUGGUCUGCGUCCGGCGUCAAAGACGCCAUAG